CAUUACCAGGCGACGACGAAAGCCAAGAUCAUCCACCGUGACAUCAGUGGAGGAAACAUUCUCAUACUCCCCAAGGCAAUGUUCGACCAGAGAAAGGGCCGAAAGUUCGUGAAGUGGUUUGGCCUUCUGGCAGACUGGGAGAUGUCCAAGCCGAUCUAUGAGAAACCCUCACUCUCGCGUGCGAGGCAGCCUGAGCGUACGGGCACCUGGCAAUUCAUGUCCGCCGCGGCGCUAUCUGACCACUCCAAGAUCAUUGGGACUCCCGAUGAGCUGGAAUCCUUCUUCUACGUUUUGCUCUACAACUCCGUCCGCUACCUCAAGUCAAAUUGCAUCGACGCUGGGUCCUUCAUCGAGCAGUUCUUCGACACCUAC